GAAAGGCGGCUGGUGGGUGGGUGGGUGGGUGGGUGGGUGGUGGUCGAACAUCCAUCCCCGUGGCCGGCCGUUCCCCAUCUCCCUUCCCAAAUCGAUGGUCAACUCAACCCUCCUUUGCUCCUUCUCCUGAUCCCCACCCAUGUCCCGCCUUCUCCCCCUCCUCCUCGCCUUCAUCCUCUUCCCCGCCACGCUCCACGCCCAGCCCAGCAUCGCCCCCUCGCCGCCGCGGUGCCCGCUAAACUUCACCGCCCUGCGUCCCUUCCUCGCCCCGCCGCUCCCCUCCGACGACGCCUCCCGCUGCGCCUUCGCGCUCCAGUCCGUCCGGCUCCUCCUCUCCCUCCACCUCGCCGCCACCGGCUCCUUCCUCGUCCCCAACUCCUCCUGCCUCCCGCCGCUCCGCGACGCGCUCCCCUUCCCGCUCUCCCCGCCCGAUGCCUGUGGCCUCGCGGGCAUCGAUGCGCUCCUCUCCGCUCCUGGAUGCGGCAACAUCUCCACGCGAGGGGAUUUCGACAACCGAGUGCCUGCCUCCGCCCGCAGGGACAUCAACGCCAGCUGCUACCGCGAGCUUGGCCCCGUUCCGGUCUGCACCGCCUGCACCACCUCGCUCAGCAAGACGGCCGCAGCCUACCUCCUGCCUGGUUCCCCCGACGGUGGAAACGAUGUCACCGGCUGCGUCCAGUACCCCUUCAUAUACGCCGGCGCCGCGGCCAGCCUACGCGGCCCCGACGACCCAGACACAGCCAACUGCCUGUACCUCCUUAAUGUCAAUCCCGAACCCUCCAACGGGCCCGGCGCCUCUGCCUGGCUCUACGGCGUCGUCUUUGGAUGUGUCGCCUUUGUACUGCUAGUUGCUGCCGCUGCUGGUUCGUGGUUCUUCGUGUGGCGACGCCGGAGGCGGGCUGCCGCUGCCGCACUGGCCGCGGACAGCAGGAGCAAGCGCUCGCUUGCGAUGGAGUCCAUCACCGCCAGCACCACCCUGCUCAAGUUCACCUACGACGACAUCAAGAUGGCCACGGGGAGCUUCGCUAGAGACAGCAUCAUCGGCCGCGGUGGCUUCGGGAAUGUCUACAAGGGGGUGCUCCCAGAUGGCGCGGAGGUGGCAGUGAAACGCUUCAAGAACUGCUCGGCAGCCGGGGAUGCCGCGUUCGCACAUGAGGUGGAGGUGGUGGCCAGCGUGCGCCAUGUCAACCUGGUUGCGCUCCGUGGCUACUGCAUCGCCGCCACGCAGAGAGAGGGGCACCAGCGGAUGAUUGUGUGCGACCUCAUGCAUAAUGGCAGCCUCCACGACCACCUCUUCGGCGCCGGGGAGUGCCUGAUGGCAUGGCCAGUGAGGCAGAGGAUUGCCAUCGGGAUGGCACGGGGGCUGUCCUACCUGCACCGUGGCACACAGCCAGCUAUCAUUCACAGGGACAUCAAGGCAAGCAACAUCUUGCUCGAUGAUGAUUUUGAGGCAAAGGUGGCCGAUUUUGGAUUGGCCAAGUUUGCACCCGAAGGGAUGACACACGUGAGCACACGGGUUGCUGGCACAAUGGGCUAUGUCGCUCCAGAGUAUGCCCUCUAUGGCCAGUUAACUGAGAAGAGUGAUGUCUACAGCUUCGGAGUUGUUCUUCUUGAGCUUCUGAGUGGGAAGAGAGCAUUCAUGUCUCUCAAUGAGGGAGAGAGCUUCGUGCUUGCUGACUGGGCUUGGUCAUUGGUUCGGAGGGGGAAGACGCUGGAUGUGCUCCAGGAAGGAAUGGCUGAACCUGGUCCUACUAAGGUCAUGGAGAAGUAUGUACUUGUGGCAGCACUCUGCACACAUCCACAGCUGCAUGCCAGGCCAACAAUGGAGCAAGCGGUGAAGAUACUAGAAGCAGAUUCAGCACCAGGGCCGUUAAUCAUUCCGGACAGGCCUCUCCCUGUUGUUGCAAACCUGGCCGAGAUUGAGAGGUCAGUGAGCAGCACCGGCUCAGGUCAGCUGUUCAGUCCCUCUGGUUUCCGGUCUUUUAUUCAUAGAAACGAGGAUGCUACACGGGAAUCUCCAAAAGAAACAUGACAUUUUGUUUCUCAGUUGCAAUUUAAUGUCUAUCAUCUUUGUUUUGUUAGCUUCAUUUUAUUUCUUGGAUUACGCAUUGCAGGCAGCUGUUAUAGAUGAUUAAAUGUAUUUUUGAUCUCACAGGAAAUAUAUGAUUCUCGUGUGACAGUUCAAUUCGUUUAAACAUAUAUAAUGUUGUUUAUCUUUA